CCAAAGCCUGGUGAAGGUGGAGGUACAGAAAGCGGGCCUCCUGUAUCUCUUAUCAUCCCAGAGCCAUUCUGCUCCCCGGGACGAUGUCCGCAUGGAGCAAUGGCAGCUCCAAUGUGUCCUAUACCAGCUUCCUCCUUGUGGGCUUCCCGGGGCUGCAGGAGUCCCGGGCGCUCCUGGUGCCGCCCAUCCUCAGCCUCGACCUGGUAAUCCUCUCUGCCAACGCGCUGGUCAUCCACACGGUGGUGGCCCAGCGGAGCCUGCAUCAGCCCAUGUACCUGCUGAUUGCCCUGCUCCUGGCUGUCGACGUCGGUGUUNGUGUUGCCUCCACCGUGAUGCCCGCCAUGAUGUUCAGCUUCUCCACCCACUUCAACCGCGUCUCCCUGCCUCGCUGUCUGCUCCAGAUGUUCUGCAUCUACUUCCUCAUUGUCUUUGACUGCAACAUCCUUCUGGUCAUGGCCCUGGACUGCUAUGUCGCCAUCUGCUACCCUCUCCGCUACCCCAGGAUCGUGACGAGCCGGUUGCUGGCUGCCCUGCUGGGGGCGGCAGCGGCCAGGAGCACGUGCAUCGUUGCUCCGGUGGUGGCGCUGGCCUGCCGGGUUCGCUUCUGCCGCUCAGACGUGAUCCACCACUUUGCCUGUGAGCACAUGGCCCUCAUGAAGCUCUCCUGUGGGGACAUCUCCCUGAACAAGACCGUGGGGCUCACCGUCCGCAUCCUCAAAAGAGUCCUGGACAUCCUGAUGCUCGGAGCUUCCUACUCCUGCAUCAUCCACACCGCCUUCCGGAUUUCGCCCGGCAGAGCACGUUCCAAGGCCCUGAACACCUGUGGCUCCCACCUGCUGGUCAUCUUCACCGUCUACUCGUCCACCAUGUCCUCAUCCAUCGUCUACCGUGUGGCUCACGCCACCUCCCAGGACGUGCACAACUUGCUCAGCGCCUUCUACCUGCUGCUCCCGGCUCUGGCAAACCCCAUCAUCUACGGAGCCAGGACCAAGGAAAUCAGGCAGCAGGUGGCCACUCUGUUCCAAAGGGCACGGCUACCAGCGCCCCCUGACAAGCCCCGGGCUCUGCCCUCACAAACGGAGUUUCCUGCCUGACGCUUUGGGACUCGU